AUGACAGUGGUGAAUAUUUUUGGAGAUAAAGUUGUCAUAUUUGGGGGAGAUUUCAGACAAAUUUUUCCUGCUGUACCAAGAGGAACUAGGUCUAAUAUUGUGCAUGCUACAAUAAAUGCCUCAUAUAUUUGGGAUCAUUGCAAAGUUCUUAAUCUUACAAAAAAUAUGUGGUUGCAAAGUGGCUUAAAUUUAGUCAAUUCUGAAGAAAUACGACUCUUCUCAGAAUCUAAAGCUAUUGUUACAAGUAUUUAUCCAAAUCUCAUUCAAAACUACACAAAUUCAGAUUUUCUUCAAUGUGAAGUUAUUCUUGCAUCAACUAUUGAAAUAGUCGAUGAUAUUAAUGACUAUAUUACAAAUCUUCUUCUAGGUGAAUAUUUAAGCAGUGAUUCAAUUGAUAGAUCAGAUGCUAAUGACAAUGAUGCAUUUGAGCAUUUGACACUAGAAUUUUUGAAUUGUCUAAAAACUUCUGGAUUUCCAAACCACUCCAUUAAGUUGAAAGUUGACACAACUGUCAUGUUGAUAAGGAAUUUGGAUCAAUCAGAAGGGAUUUGCAAUGGUACGAGAUUGAAGGUUACUAGGUUGGCCAACCAUGUGAUCGAAUCAAAAAUCAUUUCAGGUGCAAAUAUUGGAAACACUAUUUAUAUCCCGAGAAUGUCUUUGUCUCUUUCUCAAUCUCCAUGGCCAUUCAAACUUAUUAGACGAUAA